UUUAUUUGCUAUAGCGCCGCGCGCAGUUACACGGUAAAAUAGCUCCGUUGCGGAAACGAAAGGUUCACAACUUCUGCUUAUCAGUAACGUCUCCACACGGGGGCGGGGUUUGCCGGCAUGUAACUGCACUUGGAGGUGACCUGCACUGUGCCCGGUAGCCAUGAGCGCUUCAUCGUUAAGUGCGUUAAGAACGCUGUUCAAAACUUACCUAGACACGCCUGGAUUUGACCGAGUUAUGAGCAAGCUCCAGCUUGUGUCUGCAAGUCCUGGUAAAAUUGUCUGUGAGCUGAAAGUUGAUGAGGAGCACACAAAUAAUCUUGGCACCAUGCAUGGCGGCUUCACGGCUACCUUGGUCGAUACGGUUUCCACUGCUGCUUUGCUGAACACAGAGAGAGGAGCUGCAGGAGUCAGCGUGGACAUGAACAUUACGUAUAUGAAUGCUGCCAAAAUCGGAGAAUCCGUUCUCAUCACUGCACAAAUUUUGAAGCAAGGAAGAACAUUGGCGUUUGCAACUGUAGAUCUGGUUAAUAAAGAGACGGGGAAACUAAUAGCACAAGGACGGCACACAAAACAUCUGGGGAGUUAGGGCUUCACGACAAGUGUAAUAUAGCUAUUAAUAAAAAUUAAUUCCCCUGUUCUUCUCCUUUUUAGUCUACAAUGAGGAAUUGUAUGUUUCCUUCCACAUGCUCUCAGAAUAAUAUUGCACAAUGCCUAGGUUCGAUCUGACCAAGGACACAACUGCAUAGAGUUUGUAUGUUCUCCCUUUGUUUGCGUGUGUUUCCUCCCACACUCACACUUAUAUUGUGAGCCCCACU